CAAUCCAAGAUAUUUCAGUUCUGCGUUUUCUGUGAGCCUAAAACAGCGAGCCUAAAACAGUGAGCCAUCCUUUGUAUUCAAAGCUUUUACUUCCUGUCUUUGAAGGCAUAAAAGUGAAGUCCUAUUUGGUAAUUUCAAUCUCCAUAUUUUCGUACUGCGAGCUUUUGGCUCUGAUAUUGUGCUCAACGAUUGGUCAACUGUUAAGGAGCUCUUGAGUUGAUACAAUGGAGCCGAAGUGUGCGAUCAAGAAGGAUGUCACUGAAUUGAUAGGGAAUACCCCAAUGGUAUACCUGCACAACAUUGUGGAAGGAUGUGUGGCUCGCAUUGCUGCUAAAUUGGAGUACAUGCAAGCCUGUUGUAGUGUCAAAGACAGGAUAGCAUUGAGCAUGAUUGAGGAUGCUGAGAAAAAGGGCCUUAUUACACCUGGAAAGACUGUUCUGAUAGAGUACACAAGUGGUAACACCGGCAUAGGAUUGGCAUUCAUAGCAGCAUUGAGGGGCUAUAAACUUCAGGUGACUAUGCCAUCUUAUGUGAGUCUUGAGAGAAAAAUUAUACUACGAGCCUUUGGAGCUGAGGUAUAUCUUACAGACCCAGCCAAAGGAAUUGCUGGGGUUAUUGAGAAGGCAGAAGAACUACUAGCCAAGUCGCCUGAUGGUUACCUUCUCAACCAAUUUGAUAAUCCUGCCAACCCAAGUAUUCAUUAUGAGACAACGGGCCCUGAGAUUUGGAGAGACUCAGGAGAGAAAAUUGAUGCUUUGGUUGCAGGGAUAGGAACUGGAGGAUCAAUAACAGGUGCUGGAAAAUUCCUCAAGGAAAAAAACCCAGACAUCAAGCUGUAUGGUGUGGAACCAGCUGAAAGUGCAGUUUUGAAUGGAGGAAAGCCAGGUAAGCACCUGAUCCAAGGACUUGGUGCUGGCAUCAUUCCCAGCAUUCUGGACGUUAAUAUCCUAGAUGAAGUUAUUGAGAUUUCAAGUGAAGAGGCUAUAGUAACUGCCAAGUUGCUUGCCGUGAAAGAAGGUUUGCUGAUGGGAAUUUCAUCUGGAGCUGCAGCUGCUGCUGCAAUAAAGGUGGGGAAGAGACCAGAAAAUGCAGGGAAGCUCAUUGUUGUGAUUUUCCCCAGUUUUGGAGAACGCUACUUAUCUUCACCACUGUUUGAAUCCAUUAGGCAAGAAGCUGAACAAAUGACAUAUGACUAAGGUCCAUCAAUAGCUGAAGUUAGUACUCAUGGAGUACUUGUUUUCAAGGACUACUAUCAGUUGUUGGUCUAAUAUAAGUCGAAUAAACACCUGGAUUGAAAACAGAAUCAAAAUAAGCCCAACAACACUUGUAUGAGGUUUCAAAAGUUGUUUUGAGAUCAUCCAUCUAUAAUGAAAUAGUCACUGUUUAACUUUUA